GAACAGAUUCAGAGCGAUGGUUCCAUUCCUGAGUCUAACUCCGACAGAGCCCGGAAAAACUGGUGAGUUCAAGCCAGGUGCUUGUGGAUGGCACAAUGGUGGAUGUGUGGAUCGGUGGAUAAAAGGUGAAUGGUUGGAUGUGUGGAUUCCGAUUAAGAGAAGACUGGCUGUGAACGUUUGUAGCGUAUUUUCCAUUUAAUUAAUGGAUUCAGGCAUGUACUCUUGGGAUUUAGGUAUGGAUAAAUUGACAGAUGUAUGGUUAAGUUGACAGAUGUGUGGAUAAAUUGACAUAUGUGCUGAUAAAUUGACACAUUUAUUGAUAUGUUGAUAGAUUCAUAGAUAAAUUGAAAGAUGUAUGGAUAAAUUGCAAAAUUUAUGGAUAAAUUGACCAACUUAUGGAUAAAUUGACCAACUUAUGGAUGGACUCAUCGUUAAGGAAGAAACGAAAUCAUGGGUUGGAUGUCUGAAUUACUAAGUUGAUGUGUUCUAUAAUACAAAAUGUUUAAAAAUGGCUAAAAAAAAUCGAACUUGAUAAACUCCUUUUGAAUGGGACAUAAGAAUCCAUGCAUGAUAGAACAGUUCUUGGUGGGUAUCUUGUAGUGCAAAUUAAUAUUAGAUUAGAUUCACACAUGAGCGGCGUCCAAAUGUGAAACUGAGCUAUCUCUUAGUGAUGAAUAUGAUUCAAACAGUUUGAUCUUGCAUUCAGUUGACUCCGUUCUCUAUUUCCGGCUAGCAGUAGUUGUUAGGGGGGGGGGGGGGGGGGUUACAAGGCUACGCAAACCACCCAGCGCCUUCUUGAAAUGUUUUGUUUUGGCGAUUGGGGACGUAAUCCGCCAUUGAAGCUGAGGCGUAGCGAGGGUGUUUGAGAUAAUAUUUGCGCCCGGGGACAAGAUCCAUUUUAAAGCCCCCCUUUUUCUUUUUUUCAACUCUCAAAACAAUUAUUUUCAUCAAUAAAAUAAUAUUAAAGCACAUUUUGGCACCCCUAACUCGCUGGCGACCGGGGAAUCUGUCCCCCCUGCCCCCCCCCCGCUACGCCUCUGCAUUGAAGGUUUAAGUUCCAAGAUAACGUCUCCGACCGACUUAACGAUCCGAUGGUUAUUUGAUUCAAACGUAUUUGACAUGGUUUACGUCAGCCCUUAUGGGGGGAAGGUAAAUGUUGGGGGGAGGGGUGGUGUCGUAGGAGGGGAGAUGGUAGAGUUUACCUGUGCAACACGCUUGAACAGUGGUUUUUUUCAACCCGGGGAUUCCGCGAAAACUAAGAAUUAAGGGGUUCUGUGAGCGCCAGCCUAGGCCAAGGGUUCCGCAAAAUGGCCAGCGAAAAUAUAUUUUAUAUAUAUAUAUAUAUAUAUAUAUAUUUAAAUGGCUUGAAAUCAUGAACACCGGUGUAAGGUAUGUAACGGUGUUGCGGCCAGGGGGUGGGGGUUGUGGGAGGGUGGGGGGGGGGAGUACGACUCCGUGAAGGCAAUGUUUCCUGAAUGACUGUAUACAUUUUUCUUGAAUUCAACUUUUUAACACUCUAGGAGUAAAACAAUUUUUUUUUAAAAAUUAAUCACCCCAAGACAUCAGCUACUCACGUGUUUACCGAUGUGCUGUCAUGCGUGACGCGGAGUCUUCGUUCGGUAAUAAUUCCCUUCCAUCAAGUCAGGUCAAUUUUUGAAAGAGAUUGUAAAAAAAGCAUCUUUUUUUUUUUUUUCUAGCAAUAUCGACGUUUUAUUUAGAAACAUCAAGUUGCCAGAUUUUAGACGACUGUUUCAUUGUAAUGUUUCUUUACAUUCCUUCGUGUGUUGUUUUUUUUUUUUUUGGGCUGUUAAUACAUAUAUAUAUAUAUAUAUAUAUAAAUAUAUAGAAACAUCAAGUUGCCAGAUUUUAGACGACUGUUUCAUUGUAAUGUUUCUUUACAUUCCUUCGUGUGUUGUUUUUUUUUUUUUUUGGGCUGUUAAUACAUAUAUAUAUAUAUAUAUAUAUAAAUAUAUAUCAUCAUCAUCAUGUCCCUUAGUCCUUGGACCGUUGGGGCGCCACAGAUGACAUGUGAACCAUCCUCCUCCAUUCGUCUCUGUCUUCUGCACUACGCACUGCAUCGCCCAGUGUUAGUCCUGUCCACUCUUUGAUGUUAUCCUCCCAUCUUUUUUCUUUGUCUUCCUCUUCUUCUCCCUCCUCUUGUGGUGCCCUGCAAUAUUUCUUUGGCAAGCCCUUGUUUCCUUGUUAUGUGGCCGUACCAUUGUAGUUUGCGUUUUUAUAAAUACAUAUUUGAGAGUGGAUGGUGGAAGAUAACAAGUUCGUUUUCAUUUGAUUUAAUCAUCCACGCUAAAGAAGAAUUAGCUAUCCUCAAGGCGUUGCGAAAUUUGUGUAUUUAGUCAUUGAGAAAGAUCAACCUACCUCAUAAAAUUUGAGCUCAAACCCAUUUAUUAACAUCUUUUAAAGAAACGUUCUGACGAGUUGGAGCUGAGAACAUUCUCCCCCCUAAAUAAAAAGCUUUUCUUUAAACAACUCAUGUCGACCACCGAGACUGACACAUUUUUUGUUGUUGUUAAGUUAAAGGAAAGUUCAACAUAUUGUUCUAUUCAUGAUCGGUUGUGUUUCAACUUGUUAUUACACUCAAAAUCAGAUUUAAUCCACUCAAGCAGGGGUUCUUAACUAUUUUUUGUUUAUAGACCCCUUCGCAAAUACGAAGAGCGCCGCGGAUCCCUUCUUAGAAUAAAUAAAUUUAAAUACGUGUUACAAAUUUACAGUGGAAAGACAGCUGGCGGAACUGUUGAUACAUGUUCUCGCGCACCACGGGCUGGGAACCGCUCCGUGGAAAAAAAAUUCAAUUUUAAAUUUAAAUUGAAGGAUUGCUGUUGUACGGUAAAGCUAUCAUUGAAACGUUGGAUUAAUGUAUACAUUAAAAUGAGGCUAGGCGUAGCCUGAUAGUUAUGACUGCACAUCUAUUAUUUCUACACAUUUUAUCUCUAAUGAUAUAAAAAAAUUAAUUUAAUUUUCUUUUUCCCUUAAUCUUUCUGACCCAUACAUUCAUGAUGAGCAAUGGUUUAUUGAUCUUAUUCGUCUUAGCAGAAUGGAAAAAAAAAAACCCAUGGUGAAAGAUCAAUUAAAAUCCCUCGAAACCCAUUGCCCGUGAACUACAUCAAUAUUCUUCUAGCCUUGUUAAGCUUCUUAGAGUUCAUCAUCAACUACAUUUUAAGAUUAAUUACCGACUUGUAAAAACACUGUUAAAACCAUUCACCUGACAAGUCAUUACUGCAGUUGAACGCUGAGUUUAUUGGAGUUGAACGCUGGGCCUGACUGUGAGUUUAUUGGAGUUGAACGCUGGGCCUGACUGUGAGUUUAUUGGAGUUGAGUGCUGGGCCUGACUGUGAGUUUAUUGGACUUGAGUGCUGGGCCUGACUGUGAGUUUAUUGAAGUUGAACGCUGGGCCUGUCUGUGAAUUUAUUGGAGUUGAACGCUGGGCCUGUCUGUGAGUUUAUUGGAGUUGAACGCUGGGCCUGUCUGUGAGUUUAUUGGAGUUGAACGCUGGGCCUGUCUGUGAGUUUAUUGGAGUUGAACGCUGGGCCUGUCUGUGAAUUUAUUGGAGUUGAACGCUGGGCCUGUCUGUGAGUUUAUUGGAGUUGAACGCUGGGCCUGACUGUGAGUUUAUUGGAGUUGAACGCUGGGCCUGACUGUGAGUUGGCGGAGAGAACCAGCCGUGUCAUUGUUUGUGUGUUCCAAGCAUGGAAAUGUGUAUGAUUAUAUCGAGUUUAAACAGUCUAAGUACACAUGGGAUACAAAUAACAAAACUAACGCUAAUUUAGACAACCUUUGGAACAGCAUUGUUUUGGUCAAAAUUUAAUUGCGUUCCUUUUAAAAGCUUUGUUUAAAAUACAUACAAAAUUAUUGUUAGCCUAAGAAACAACUCUUUAAACAUCGUUGCGUUUUCAGAAUAUACAUUGGCGAUCCAUUAAAAUUUAAAAUUUUGUUAAAAAUUCAUUUCGUAGAAAAUUAUGAGUUUCGAUCUCAAAUAGUUCAUUUUAUUUAAAAAUAUCUGUCAAUUCUGUUGGUAUUUUUAUUCAAAUUAAUAUUACUAAUUUGAAAAAUUGCAAGGUGAAACAUUAAUGAAAAUGUUUACAGUUCACAAAAAAAAAAUUGAUUUAACUAGACCUAAGCGGUGUAUUUUUGUUUGUGCUUGUUGUACUUCUUUGUUACAAGACGUUUUUGGCUAUGCUAGCGGGGCCCUCACCGUCUUUGCUAUUGAGCUGAUGUCAAGCUUACAUUUGAUAACAUAUUUUUUUUUUAAAAGGCUGUUUAAAAAAAAACAGACUUUCUAUCACAGACAAUUGUAAACGAACGCAAUAAAAAGUAGAAAAUAAUUACGCCUCCCUGCCCAUCCUUCUUCCGCCGUUCACUGAACGAAGCAGACGCGAUGAAUCACAAUCAACUGAGCGAAAGAGUCGCGUGUGCCAACAAAGACAAAUUGGGAUGGACAUAGAAGAGGGAAAUGCGUGUAGAAAGAAGGUCGUCUUGAAUUACAAGUUUGAAUGUUUAUCGGCAGUCAUUCAGUCAGUGUUUGUAAAAUGCGGUCAGUGUUUGUAAACUACAGUCAGUGUUUGUAAAAUGCAGUCAGUGUUUGUAAAAUGCGGUCAGUGUUUGUAAAAUGCAGUCAGUGUUUGUAAAAUACAGUCAGUGUUUGUAAAAUACAGUCAGUGUUUGUAAAAUACAGUCAGUGUUUGUAAAAUACAGUCAGUGUUUGUAAAAUGCAGUCAGUGUUUGUAAAAUGCGGUCAGUGUUUGUAAAAUGCGGUCAGUGUUUGUAAAAUGAGGUCAGUUUUUGUAAAAUGCAGUCACUGUUUGUUGUUGUUGCUUAGUUGCAUUCAGUAGUAUUGGAGACCUCCAUGUAGUAGAGCUAGAGUAGUGCUCUGAAUUCUCAGAAGGGGAAAAAAAAUACAUGUAAAUGAUAAACUUUUAUAGAAACACAUUUUGUAUGGCUUCAUAAAAAUAAAUGAAGCUUUCACUCAACCUUAGUUAUGUAUCUAUUCCAAACAUACCGUGCUAAAAACUCCUCCUUUAAAACCAUUUUUGCCCCCCCCCCCAACCGAGGCACGUGCUGCGUCUGCUCGAGUAUUUAUUACGCCUGUGGGUCAGACGUCCAGCUGUCAAUCACUGUAUUGAUCUCCCUACCUGCCCCAUUAUAGAAACACAUUUUGUAUGGCUUCAUAAAAAUAAAUGAAGCUUUCACUCAACCUUAGUUAUGUAUCUAUUCCAACCAUACCGUGCUAAAAACUCCUCCUUUAAAACCAUUUUUGCCCCCCCCCCCCAACCGAGGCACGUGCUGCGUCUGCUCGAGUAUUUAUUACGCCUGUGGGUCAGACGUCCAGCUGUCAAUCACUGUAUUGAUCUCCCUACCUGCCCCAUAUGUUUUUUUGUUGUUUUUUUUUUGUUAUUGUUUUAUGUGGCAGGCCGGAAUUUUCCUGACUGAUAAUUACCGGAGGACAUCUCUUACGGCUCCUGCAUCAGACGGAAGAAACAUUGCCCGCAGACAUUGUGCCCGCUAUUAUCUGGCAGUUUCGGUUCAGGGCGCAAGGACACAGAGGUUGGGGGGGGGGAGGGGGAGGCGUAGAGGUAAAUGGGAGUGAUUUUCAGCUAUUUCUAUAAAUGCAGCCUACUCAUGACGUAGAUAACGUAUGACGAUAAAAGAGUAGGAUUUUUUUUAGACAAACAAUAAUAGUCCAUCUGAUUUGACACAGUUUUUAAACUUACUCUUAAUAUAUUUUUUCCCCAAGCUGAUCGACAACAGUUGACGUACAUGGACACUUCUUGUUCACUUAAUUAUACAAUCCACGUAAAUGGACACUUCCGGUUCACUUAAUUAUACUAUCCAUGUAUAAGAUCACUUCCGGUUCACUUAAUUAUAGAAUCCACGUAAAUGUACAUUUCCGGUUCACUUAAUUAUACGGUCCAUGUAAAUAGACACUUCCGGUUCACUUAAUUAUACUAUCCAUGUACAUGGACACUUCCGGUCCACUUAAUUAUACGGUACAUGUAAAUAGACACUUCCGGUCCACUUAAUUAUACGGUACAUGUAAAUAGACACUUCCGGUUCACUUAAUUAUACUAUCCAUGUAAAUGGACACUUCCGGUUCACUUUAUUAUACUAUCCAUGUAAAUGGACACUUCCGGUUCACUUAAUUAUGCUAUCCGUGUAUAUGGACACUUCCGGUUCACUUAAUUAUACGGUCCAUGUAAAUAGACACUUCCGGUUCACUUAAUUAUACUAUCCAUGUACAUGGACACUUCCGUUUCACUUAAUUAUACGGUACAUGUAAAAAGACACUUCCGUUCACUUAAUUAUACUAUCCAUGUACAUGGACACUUCAGGUUCCCCAUCCUGAGUUGCAAGUUGCAAUGCAAUCUCUUUUAUCUUUAUCGCGCGUUUUCUCUGUUAAUUUACGCAUUUCUUUCCAGUCUCCUGGUCUGAUCUGCUUGUGCAGUUUGUACGGUGGCGAUUACCGUCUCCACUCAAGUCUCACGUCUCUUAUGCUAAAAACAAACCAAAAAAACAACGUUAUUUGUGACAGUUUUACGUGAGCUUUGGAUUGUCUGAAUAACAUUAAUGACACGCGUGCUUCUCGCGGUCAACUGAAGCAAUCUUACGUCCAAUAAUACAAGCAAGAGAAAGUCAAGGAAUACUUCUUUUUUUAAAUAAUACGUCCAGACAAAAAGAAAAGGGCGUCAAUGACAGGGGCCUGGCCAAUGACAGCAUAUGACAAUUAUAGUUUAAUUAAGACUUUAACGGAGUCAGUUGAGAACAUGACAUUUCGAUGACGGUAAAAAGGAAUUGAGGAUGAAGCGUUUGUUUGUUUGUUUGUUGAUUUGUUGUUGUUGUUGUUGGUUUGUUUGUUGUUGUUUUUUUUUUGUUUUUUUUUUGGGGGGGGGGAUUAUAAUUAGGCCUCACUUUCUUGUAUACGAUGCCUGUUUUUUUAUUUCCUUUCCCACGUUCCCAUUGGCGUUAGUGUUCUUUUUAAGAAUCUCUUGUCUACGCCAAUGUAUACGACUCUAUAAAAUAGUAUAGUAUAAAUAAUUAUUUAUUUAUUAUUUAUUUACAUAGUUUAACUGACUGUCAUGUGUUGCAGACAUUAUGGGGUUGUUGUUGUUUCUUUUCUCAUCGUUCCUUUCUCCGAAGCGUUGUGACCUUAUUGCAUGUAUAUUUGUCAGGGACAUGGUAAGGCGAAACUUGAUGGACAAACAGCAUCUGUUGGAGUCCACGGUACAGAAGUACAGGUCGGAGCUGGCAUCAGCGACGUCCACCAUUGCAGGGAAGGACAUUCUCAUCGCGAGGCUGCAAAGUGCGGUGAGCUGACAUGGGGUCUGCAGGGGAGGUUACUUUCAUUGGUCGAACUAGUGCCCAUCACGAGACGUUCGUGGUUGUGGCACGCUUCGUGGUACUGUGGUACUGAGUCAUGACCUUCUGGGAUUUUUUUUUUUUAAACUGUGAAGCACCGUAGAUGGCAAUGUCAAUUGAAAUUGUAUCUGCAGGAACAUUUGUUUUAUUCUGAGAGAGAGAGAGAGAGAGAGAGAGAGAGAGAGAGAAAGGCAGACACACAGACAGAUGUGUGUGUAUAUAUAUAUAUAUAUAUAUAUAUAUAUAUAUGUAUGUAUAUAGAGAGAGAGAGAGAGAGAGAGAGAGAGAGAGGGAGUUGUUUUUUUAGAGAGAGAGAGAGAGAGAGAGAGAGAGAGAGAGAGAGAGACAGACACACAGAGAGAUGUGUGUGUAUAUAUAUAUAUAUAUAUAUAUAUAUAUAUGUAUGUAUAUACAGAGAGAGAGAGAAAGAGAGAGAGAGGGAGGGAGUUGUUUUUUUUGUUGUCAGAGACGGUUAACAUCUUUAGCAAUCUAUAUUGACCUAUUGUCUAGUUGUUUCUAUGCUGACAACAUACAUUAUUUUCAUAGGCCUUUUUUAAAACAAGAAAACAUCUCAAACUGUAUAAAGAUAAACUAAUUUUUUUUACAUUUUAUUUCCGGAAAAGGUCAGUCGAGGAUGCAUCACAAUGUACUUUUUUAUUUGUAAAAAGUCCCACUAGAUCUAAUUCUAAUUUAAAACUGCGUGUCGGCUAACUGUCGGGAUUUAACAUGGCUCACUUUGGUCCAGUCGAGCAAAUAGAAACAAGAAGCAUUAAGAACAGUUUUUACGUGCUUGAACACUUAGACCACAUAUACAAGCUCUGUAACGUGCGGAGAGGCGGCAUUCGGGUCCUGGAACCCAGGCAGAUCGUCGCGAGACUUUUUGAAGAAAAAAAAAGGGGAUGUAGACUGCCGUCAUGUCAAUAACAGUGAACUCACAAAGACGUCCGUACAUGUCAACACCAGUGAACUCACAAAGACGUCCAGACAUGUCAAUACCAGUGAUUUCAAUUUUUUUUUCCCAUUCCAACUUUCGGGCACUUUGAAAAAAACGCCCCCCCCCCCCCCCCCCCACGCCCCCGGACCUUCCCUACAGUCGCUGGGGCUCCAGGGGUCCCACGGGACGACUCUGAACCCAGAGUUAAAACUCACCCAAAUAUCGAUAUUGUAUAUUUUUGUAACAGCCAAACUGACCAAUGAUGGGUGUUGUUUCCCACUGAUUUUAUUUCAGGCCAUUCAGCACGAGGAAGAGCUCGCCAACAAAGACAAACGGAUCAAACAGCUCGAGACCAAGCUGGCGCUCACCGUCUCGGAGGCCAGGAACCUCGCUGACCAGCUGACCAACCACUCGUACAGGGACAUGCUCGGCUCCACCAACUACAGCCGGGGGGAGCACUCGGGUGACUACAACGGUGUGUUCGUCGCCCGCCGCCCAAGCCAGGAGCUCAUCCCGG